AUGCCGUCAGAAAUACCUUUGGCCGAUUUUGGGAUCAAAAAGUUGGAGGCGGAGCCACAAGAGGGUCCUACAGAAUACAAGCUGCACCUGUUGCUUCGACCGCGAAGAAGCUUUUCUUCUACGUCGACUGUCCAGCAUGUAUCUGGUUCAUACUUGUCCAAGUCUCGCGCAUCGCAGCCAAUUGUGGAGGCGGAAAUGAAGCCAAUGCCUACACCGGCCUUGGCGCCUAGCAGCCAGUCAAGACAACAUAGGCUGCAACACCUAACUACGCAAUUGCUAUGGCGUCUUCAACAGUCUUCUCCUUAUCAUUCUUCUUCGAAGUCAAGUCUUGUGCUGCCGAUUCUGCCAGAAGCCGACGUCGAACUCUCUUCCUCGAAAGGGCCUGGGAGGCUGAUCCCAGGACUCGAAGAGAGCAGUGGCGCUCUGUAUGAGAUUGGUGUUAGCGAUGAUGGAACAUUCGUGGGCCUCACCAGAGACGAGCUAGAGGAGAGCUUGACUGUUCUUCGUGCAAUGGCUUUCAGUUUGGGUUGCGAUGUUCAAAUACUUCGUGUGAUUGUUGUAGGUGACUGCCAAUGGACCGAAGAAGCCCAGCCAAAAAAUGUAUCAGAGAUCAGGCAGAGGAAGGAAAAGCUCUUGGUUGCAGAAGUGCUAGUAGCUCCCCACUUAGGCCCUUCGAAGCCAUCAAUCGAUCUGGCAGCCCAACAGCGGGAUAAGUUGGCUUCCACAGCUGCUGAAAUUGAUGCUACUGAUCACAAAACAGGCGAGAUUGAAUCGCAGAGUGAGCAGCUUCGCGUAUCUCUGACGGGAAGUACUACCUCGGGAAAGUCAUCUUUACUUGGUACUCUAUCGACUUCUACGCUGGACAAUGGCCGCGGAAAAAGCAGGCUCAGUCUAUUAAAGCAUCGACACGAGAUAGUCUCUGGUGUAACCAGCUCUCUGGCGCAGGAGCUAAUUGGAUACCAGGAAGUGGCAACGGUAAAAAAGGCAAUUGCUUCCAAUACCAAUGUCAUCAAUUAUGCUUCUGGCAAUGUCUCUUCUUGGAACGAUAUACACGCUGCUUCUGAAGAGGGCCGUCUAGUCUUCGUGACUGACUCAGCUGGACAUCCACGGUACAGGCGUACCACGGUCCGUGGCCUCGUAUCCUGGGCGCCCCACUGGACUCUGUGCUGCGUGGCUGCAGACGACGGAGAGGACAGCACUGGCAGGGUAGGCGCAACCGCAUCUUCGAGUGAGAUUCUCGGCUCUGCGGGUGUCGGUGUUGAUCUGUCCAAAGCCCAUCUCGAGUUAUGCCUCAAGCUCAACUUGCCGUUGGUCAUUGUCAUUACAAAGCUGGACAUCGCGUCCAAAGCUGGCUUGCGAAAUACUCUUACCAAGAUCUUGACCACCUUGAAGGCUGCUGGUCGUAAGCCUGCCAUAUUGUCUUCGUCUUCGGAUCAGAGUGGCGAGCUUCAGCUUCAAUCAGUCGCCAAAGACGAGGAGGAUGCGGCAAAACGAACAAUUGCUUCGACACCUCCUGCCGAAUGUCAUCUGUUAGUGCCAAUUGUACUUACUAGUGCUGUGACUGGGAGCGGCAUUGGCCGACUCCAUGCCCUUCUACACCAGCUCCCAGCAAAUCCGGGUGCGAUGGCCAAGCACGCAAAUUUCGCUGGUCAAGAUAGUGCAAAACCGCAGAGCUUGUUCCAUGUGGAUGAGGUUUUUACCAUGCCCGCACAUCCUCACUCUGCGAACGCGGAAAGGUCUGCACCAGGCUUCGUGCUGAGUGGCUAUCUACGCUACGGGGUGCUAGAAGUGGGUGAUACAAUGCUUAUUGGGCCGUGCAACCCAGGCAUCGCUGCAGAAUUGGCCGAGAGUCCUGACAUUCACAGAGCUAGAUCUUAUCCUGGCCUGGUCAAAGGAUCACCACGAGUGGUCGCAAUGUCUCAUGACCGGCAAAGACCCUCUUCUGGUGACUUUACCGGCAUAACGGGUGAUGCUGACAUAUCCAUCACGGAUCUUCAGAUUUGGCAAGAGAUACGCGUUACCGGUCUCCGCAAUCUGCGGCUACCUGUGCAGAGAUUAUCAGCUGGCCAAGUGGGUACUGUUGCCAUCACUUUCCAAGAAGGACUACAUUCCAAGAGCAAUAGCUCCUCUCCAAUCGCAAAUCCGCCGUUGAGAAGAGGUAUGGUUAUGGUCUCCGCCCCAAUGAAUCCUAAGAAUGCACUAUCUCCGGCGUACAGUCGCUUCACUGCAGUCUUCCCACAACCCAGUCUUCCCGCCUGGCCUGCAGUACUGGUCAUUGUCUACAUCGCGAGCAUUCGGGCAUCUGCGAAAAUAAUAGAAGUUAAGGCACUAGGAGCAACUCCUACCACUGAGGAUAUUUUUGAUUUUGACGACAACAGCAACAACCACAGCAGCACUGCAUUGUCCCAGAGCUCGGGUAAUCAGCAAACCGAAAUAACAUUCGAAUUUGUGACUUCGCAAGAGUGGAUUGAGAUGGGGACUCAGGUGUUGGUCACGCCUGGAGGUGGACCCAGCUUGACGAAUCAGCCUGAGCAAAGAGAGCCAGGAAGUGCUGGCUUAGAUGGGUAUGUGGGGUUGAUCACGCAGGCAAUGGUUUGA